AUGUCGGUAAAGAUGAAAAAUUCAGUAGGUCAAUCAUCAUCAAAUAUACAUGUUAUAGAAUGCCCACAUGAUUGGGCACGUUAUCAACGUACCAAAUCAUGCUUUCAUGUCAUCGAACAACGAAUGCGUUGGUCAGAAGCAGAACGAGCAUGCGCUAAUUUUGGUGGACAUUUAGCAUCAAUUACGGAUGAAUAUGAAAAUAUAUUUGCUUUUAAUAUAGCAAAGAAGGCAAAUUUAUCAACACCAACAUUAUGGUUAGGACGAUUGGUUAAAUUAACACGUACCGGAGAAUAUGAAUGGAAUGAUGGUACAGCAGGACGACAUGUUGAUGGUUUUCGAGGUGAAUUACCAUCUGGAGCAGAUUUAUGUUUAACAAUGUGGCUUGAUUUUGAUCGUCCAGAAGAAUCCUGGAAUGAAUGGGAUUGCAAUUAUGCUUCCGGUUAUUCCGCAUUAUGUAAACGUUCAAUGAUGAAGACGCCAUCAGUUACAACAACUGCGAAACCAAACAUCCGAUCGAGUAUUGCUUCCAGUUUAUCAUAUCGUAGUCGUCGAUGUUGUUUGAUUUCAUCAUUAUGUCACAAUGCUAGUAAACCAUGCACAUCUGAAGAACGCUGUAUUCCGGAUGAUUUGGAUUGUUGGACGAAAAAUUGUACUGGUGGUGGGAUUGGUUGGUGUCUACCCCUUCCAAAAAUUCAAUUUAUACCUUGA